AUGAGCAGAAGAGUGAGUUUCAGCCCAGACGUAGACGACAUGCUAUCACCACCACCGGUAUACUUCACCAAACACGGCGAUGACAGAGCCAGCACGACGGAGCCGAUGAUGAGAAUAUGGACUUUCCGUCCACCAAAAAGCUCUGGUUUCUCCGCCAUGAGAUUCCUUGGAAGAAUCAAAGCCAAAUUCGCAAAAGCACUGGGUUUCGUUUCAUCUUCACGAUCGUCAUCUUCAUGUAGUUGCACUUUAGAAAGAUCAAAAUCUUAUGUGGAAGCAUUAGAUUCUCAUCGAGCUCAAGCCAUUGAAGACUGUAUUCAGUUCUUGAAUUCUUCUUCUUCUUCCUCUUUUCAGAGCCUACCAUGUAUGGCGAGAAAAGCCUUUGAGAAAUUAGAAAAUUGCAAGUAG